GUGCUGGGCGCGCGCAGGCUCGAGGCAGCGACAGAUGGCGGGCUCCUCUUCCCUCGGGAAGGCAAUCUCUGCGAAUGCGAGCGCGUGUCAAUCACCCGCUCUCAUGUGAUGGCUGCUGCCAGUGACGUGCCCGCCAUAUCCUGGCAUCAGAGCUGGGUCGCCAUGCUGACGAGGUUAUUCAACGACCAGACUCUACUGCCCGACGUCCAGAAGUUUCCGGGCUGGAUGGACGAUAGCGCAAGUGACGAUUCCAAAACCAAGGACGACGAGCACGAGCAAUGUCCGCUGGGGGAUGAGGAUAUGAAAGGCAGCAGCCGCGCGCUCUCGGAAAUUACCGGGGAUGAUGAUGAUGAUGAGGAGGAAGAGAUGGACGAGGAGGAUUGUGGGGAUGACGUCGACGGCGACAAACCCAAGAGGCGUGGGCCUAAAAAGAGAAAGAUGACUCCUGAGCGUAUAGAACGCUCCAAGGUGCGCCGUUCCAAAGCGAACGCGCGUGAACGCACGCGCAUGCACGACCUGAACUCCGCUCUGGAUAACCUGCGGAAGGUGGUGCCUUGCUACUCCAAAACGCAAAAACUCUCAAAGAUAGAGACUCUUAGACUCGCCAGAAACUAUAUAUGGACCCUUGGUGAGAUUCUGCGAAACGGAAAGAGACCGGACGUGGUGUCUUACGUCCAAACGCUGUGCAAAGGCCUCUCUCAGCCCACGACCAACCUGGUGGCGGGCUGUCUGCAGAUCAACUCGCGGAACUUCCUGACAGAGCAGUGCCAGGAGGGCGCGCGCUUCCACGUGCCCAAUCCCGCCUUUUCCUUGCACGGGUUCCCGUACCAGUGCCCUCGGUUGUCCAGUCCCCAGUGCCCUACCGGCUCCAGCGGGCCCACGCUGCGGAAUCACUCCUACUGCUCCUCUUAUGAUGCCAUGUAUGCAGGUGGAGCGUCGCCAGAUUACAACAGCCCCGACUACGAGGGCCAUCACAGUCCUCCGGUGUGUGUCAACGGCAACUUUUCACACAGGCAACAGGAGCCCGUGUCGCCCAACGCGGAAAGGGGAUACCACUAUUCUAUGCAUUACUCGGGCCUGUCUGGGUCGCGCUCUUCUGCCGCACAUGGCCUGUCGUACAGCUCGGGGGCGCGCGGCGGUGGGUCGCAUUCUGAAAAUGUUCCACCAUUCCAUGACGUCCACGGGAGCAAUGAGCGAGCACCUGUGUACGAGGAACUAAACGCUUUUUUCCACACCUAGUGCACUGACCCCCAACUAUGGACAUUUAAGGCUGGUUAUGCCGCCAAGGCCCAAGACAAUCUAACAAUCUACAGAAAGGGCAUGUUUCUUCUGUUUGUAUUCUGACAAAAAAGAUGGCAAAUUGGUAUUCUAAAUUGUGGGUUGUUUUCACUAGUCCUAUGUAUUAAUUCCUAAGCCAUGCAACGACCAAUUACAGUGAAAUAUCAGAAGUGGGUCUAAAAUGAAAAAAAAAAAGUGCAAUGGUUCUAAUAAUGCAAAUGUUUUACGUGUAAAAAGAGUGUUACAUGUUAUGAAACCCUAAUAUAAAAUAAAUCAAUGAACGUUU